AUGGCGCCUGUUUCAGCUUUAGCAAAGUACAAGUUGGUGUUCUUGGGUGACCAAUCCGUGGGCAAAACCAGCAUCAUCACUCGCUUCAUGUAUGAUAAAUUUGAUAACACCUACCAGGCUACAAUUGGUAUUGAUUUUCUAUCGAAAACUAUGUAUCUUGAAGAUCGAACUGUUCGACUGCAGUUGUGGGAUACAGCUGGUCAGGAAAGGUUUAGAAGUCUUAUUCCAAGCUACAUUAGGGACUCAUCCGUAGCUGUUAUUGUAUAUGAUGUUGCAAGCCGGCAGACUUUCCUAAAUACAGCAAAGUGGAUUGAAGAGGUGCGAACUGAGAGAGGCAGUGAUGUCAUUAUUGUUAUUGUUGGGAACAAAACUGAUCUUGUUGAAAAAAGACAAGUCUCUAUAGAGGAAGGGGAAGCCAAAGCACGUGAGCUCAAUGUCAUGUUCAUUGAAACUAGCGCAAAGGCUGGGUUUAAUAUAAAGGCCUUAUUUCGAAAAAUUGCUGCAGCAUUACCUGGAAUGGAAACGCUCUCUUCUGCAAAACAAGAAGACAUGGUAGAUGUAAACCUAAAGACUACAACUGGAAGCGCUCAGUCUCAACCUCAGUCCAGUGGAUGUGCAUGUUAA